GGUGGCCCGGAGGCGGGGCCCUGGGCGCCCGGGUGGGGCCGGCCGCUGCCGCGAGUCCAUUUCACAGCGUGCCCGACGCGUGUCGUGCGGUUCCCCCCUGUGCAGGAGGACGGGUUGCCACGCAUCGCCAGAGGCAAUCCCUCCGGUAGAACUUGAUGGAGCUGUUGAUUAACUGGUCGUACCUCUUACACAACCAGUAGUUGUUUCUUUCUCAGAAACACCACUGUCUUUGGUACCGGCUAAUUUACAAAGACUCCCUGGAUGUCAUGGAGCUGCUUGAGGAAGACCUCACUUGCCCAAUUUGUUGCAGUCUGUUCGAUGAUCCUCGAGUUUUGCCUUGCUCACACAACUUCUGUAAGAAAUGCCUGGAAGGUCUGUUAGAGGGGAAUGUGCGGAAUUCGUUGUGGAGACCAUCGCCUUUCAAGUGCCCUACCUGCCGUAAGGAAACUUCAGCUUCUGGAGUUAACAGCCUGCAGGUUAAUUAUUCCCUAAAGGGUAUUGUGGAAAAGUAUAACAAGAUCAAGAUCUCUCCCAAGAUGCCAGUGUGCAAAGGACACCUGGGGCAGCCUCUGAACAUUUUCUGCCUGACUGACAUGCAGCUCAUUUGUGGGGUUUGUGCUACUCGGGGUGACCACACCAAGCACGUCUUCUGCUCUAUUGAAGACGCCUAUGCUCAGGAGAGGAAUGCCUUUGAGUCCCUCUUCCAGAGCUUUGAGACAUGGCGGCGCGGAGAUGCUCUUUCUCGCUUGGACACCUUGGAAACUAGCAAGAGGAAAUCCCUACAGUUACUGACUAAAGAUUCAGAUAAAGUAAAGGAGUUUUUUGAGAAGUUACAACACACACUGGAUCAAAAGAAGAAUGAAAUUCUGUCUGACUUUGAGACCAUGAAACUUGCAGUGAUGCAAGCCUAUGAUCCAGAGAUCAACAAACUCAACACCAUCUUACAGGAACAGCGGAUGGCCUUUAACAUCGCUGAGGCUUUCAAAGAUGUGUCGGAACCCAUCAUAUUUCUGCAACAGAUGCAGGAGUUCAGGGAGAAAAUCAAAGUCAUCAAGGAAACUCCUUUACCUCCCUCUAAUUUGCCCACAAGCCCUUUAAUGAAGAACUUUGAUACUAGUCAGUGGGAGGACAUCAAACUAGUAGACGUGGAUAAACUUUCUUUGCCUCAAGACACUGGCACAUUCAUUAGCAAGGUUCCCUGGCGCCUGUAUCAGAUGCUUGGAGUAGUUGUUUUGCUGGGCCUUCUCAUUUUCUUCAGUCCUAACGUAUUCCUAGAAUGGUCUUUGAUGGAUGAAUUAGCUGUAUGGCAAGACCAUCUUUCAAACUUCACUUCUUAUCUUACUAUGAAAGCUAAUUUUAUAGAACAGUCCUUUUUUUACUGGGAACAGGUGACAGAUGGGUUUCUCAUUAUCAGUGAAAAAUUAAGGAAUUUUAGUUUGGUGGUGCUGAACAACGUGGCAGAUUUUGUGUGCAAAUAUAAACUAUUAUAAAAUCUG